AUGGAUGUGGACACCUUGCAAGCCUUUCAGAAUGAACUCAUCUGCUCCAUCUGUAUGAACCACUACUUAGACCUUGUCACCACUGACUGUGGGCACAGCUUUUGCAGUCCCUGCCUAUGCCUCUGCUGGGAAGAAGCCCAAACCCCAGUGUGCUGCCCUGAAUGCAGGGGAGUUUCAGAGAAGUCAGACUUCAAAACAUAUAUUACACUCAAGAAGCUGGCUUCCCUUGCCAGACAGGCCCAAGCUUACCGUGUCAGCAGCUCCGAGGAGCAGAUCUGUGUGCUGCACAAAGAAGCGAAGGGGCUCUUCUGUGAGGUUGACAAGAACCUGCUCUGCACACCCUGCUCUGAAUUAGCAGAGCACGUGGCUCAUAGCCACAGUCCAGUACAGUGGGCUGCUGAGGAAUACAGGGAGAAACUUCUGAAGAGAAUGGGCUCUUUAUGGAACAUGACUCAAGAAACACAAAACGAUCUGAAUCAAGAAGCGAGCAAAAUCCAGUCAUUUGAGGACUAUGUGGCCUUAAGGCAGGUGAUGAUCAAAUCACAGUAUCAGAAGAUGCAUCUAUUUCUCCAUGAAGAGGAGCAACUCCAUCUGGAGACACUGGAGAAAGAAGAAAAGGAGAUUGUCCAAUAACUCAAGGAAAGUGAACUCAGAAUGACCCAACAGAAAGAAAGCCUGAAAGAAAUGUAUAGAGAGCUGACUGAGGUGUGCCACAAGCCUGACGUGGAGCUACUGCAGGACUUGGGAAAUGUAUUGCAAAGGACUGAAUUGGCGCAGAUGCACAAGCCUCAGCCACUGAACCCAGAGCUCACUUCAGAGAACAUCAUGGGAAUCCUAGAUAUACUGAACAACUUCAGAGUAGAUAAUGUUCUGAGUCAGGAAGCCACCAGUAGCUACAGGUGCCUUUCUAAGGAUGCUGGAAGUGUGAUGCGUGGAGUCGCCCAUCAAGGCAUAUCCAGAGAGUCCCAGGGUGCUGAGAGCUUUGCAGGUCUGAGACCUCAGGUCUUUACCUACAGUCAGCAUUACUGGGAGGUGGAUGUCACGUGCUCCCCAAAUUGGAUUCUGGGAGUCUGUAAAGACUCCUUGACCAGUGAUAAUGAUGGCAUUAUUCAUCCUGUGGAAGCAUUUCUUCUGUUUUCUUUGAAGAUAAACAAUUGUUAUGGUCUCUCCACCAACUGCCCACCCCUAAUUCAGUAUGUGAAAACUCUGGGUCAGAUUGGAGUGUUUCUGGAUUAUGACAAUGGAACUGUGAGCUUCUAUGAUGAUUACAAAGGUUCCCUCAUAUAUAGUUUCCCUCCUCUCUCCUUCUCUUUCCCUCUGAAGCCUUUCCUUUCCUUUGGUGCCCCCUGA